GCUGUUGUCAUUGCUGCUACAACUCGUCGCAACACGCACAUUCUGCCUGUCAUUAGCAGUGCAGCUACUUCGCUGGAGCUGAAUAGUGCAAGCAACUGUAAUCCUGAAUCCACCAUAACACUCAAAAUAUCACAUCGAGUGCAUACCACCCGAGAAAUGGACGGCGAACGGGCGACGGUGUUUAUGGAGCAAGAUCCUGCAUACGAUACCGACAGCAGCGAUCAGACGGAAGAUGCGAGUGAAACUGAAAUCAAUCCAGCCGAUGGCGAUUCGCUGGCGGAGCAACUAUAUCGCAAACAACGGGCCGAUUUGCUGGGCCAGCUAGAGCUGGCCAAGCAGCGUAAGCAUCCGGCAUAUUUAAAGAUUGUCCAGCGUCUGCAAACCGAGCUGAGCGACCGGGUGGCACUGAACGAGAUCGAACGGGAUGCGGCGCUGGCCAGCGCCCACCAAGACUGUCUGCGCGAGAUAGCUGCCGCGGAGCAAGAAUUCGCCGAGAAGAAGGCGGAACUGAUUGCAAACGCGAUUGCCGAUUUGGAGCAGGAAAAGAAAACGCUGAGACAGGAGAUCGAUGCGAUGGGAUUGACUGGGGGCGAGGUUAAUUUUGCGCUGCCAACGAAAACCCGCCAGCUGCGGCCACGGCUAAACGAUAGCGUUUCGGUAACGGAGCGGAUCCACUUUGGAACGUUUAUGAAACAAUGCCAGAAGGCAAGCAAGGAGGAGCAGGAACGUGAUCUACUGCUAAUUCAAUCGGGCAUCCGUGCUAACGAGUCAUCAGACGGAAUGUGAAAUAAGAAUCAGUUGUUUCUUUGCGGUACUCGAUUUCGAUUUUGUACUCUUUGUACUUCUUUCCACGAACCGACGAGUAUCGGACAUUGCAUUUGCACUCUAGCUUUUGAAUCGUUUCGUACAUGGAGAGAACCUUACAAAUGUUUGAUCGCAAUUGUUCGUUAGAAAACAUCGAGCAGGCAGUGCAGCGCAGUCGCGAUGUUUUAGAAAAUAAACAAUAAAGAAACCAUUAUUAUUUGGAAAAAAAAUCGCCCCUUUCCCCCUUUCUGUUACAUUACUUGUUGCUUAUUUAAAAAACCAUUAAUUAAUGUUGGAAAAA